AUGGCGGGAAGGAAUGACGCUGCAAUGGCUGCCGCAAUGCAAGCGAUGGCACAAGCUGUGCAGAACUUGCCAAAUGCUGGUGGAGAUGCUGGAUCACGUAGCUUGGCGACUUUUCAAAGAGAGAAUCCGCCGGUGUUUAAAGGGAAGCAUGAUCCAGAUGCAGCCUUGGGAUGGUUGAAAGAGAUCGAGAGAAUCUUCCGUGUUAUGGAUUGCACUCCAGCUCAGAAGGUUCGGUAUGGUACUCACAUGCUAGCAGUCGAAGCUGAUGACUGGUGGCUAGAGACUCACGAGAGGUUGACCGUGGCAGGUGAAGUCAUUACUUGGGAUGUAUUCCGUAGGGAAUUCAUGAGAAAGUAUUAUCCGGAAGAUGUCCGUGGUAAGAAAGAAAUUGAGUUCCUUGAGCUGAAGCAAGGAAACAUGUCUGUCACUGAUUAUGCUGCAAAAUUUGUGGAGUUGUCCAAAUUUUAUCCUCAUUACACUGGUGCUGGUGCUGAAUUUUCAAAGUGCAUCAAGUUUGAAAACGGACUGCGCUCUGAAAUUAAGAAGGCUGUUGGGUAUCAGAAGAUACGCAUUUUUACUGAAUUGGUUGAUAGCUGCAGGAUAUUUGAAGAAGACAAUAAUGCUCAUUACAAGAUUGUCAGUGACCGCAGGGGCAAGCAACAUCAAAACCGUGGCAAGCCGUAUGAUGCUCCAGUGGGAAAAGGGAAACAAGGAGCUGCUCCGGCUCAGAGGACUAGUAGGGGAGGUGCCCCUGCUGGUAUAGUUUGCUUCAAAUGUGGUCAGGCUGGUCAUAAGAGUAAUGUAUGCACUGCUGAAGUAAAGAGGUGUUUUCGCUGUGGUAAGACUGGCCAUGCAAUAGCUGAUUGCAAGCACAAGGAAAUGAUUUGUUUUAAUUGUGGCGAAGAAGGGCAUAUUGGAAGUCAGUGUCAGAAGCCAAAGAAAUCUCAAACUGGAAAGGUGUUCGCAUUGACCGGAACUCAAACCUCCAGUGAGGACAGACUUAUCCGAGGUACAUGUUUCAUAAAUGGUACUCCUUUAAUUACUAUUAUUGAUACCGGUGCUACACACUGUUUUAUUUCUGCUAACUGUGCUCGAAGACUGGGUUUAAAAUUGUCCGCUUUGGAUGGUGAAUUGAUUGUUGAGACCCCAGCUAAGGGAUCGAUAACUACUUCUUUGGUAUGUUUAAAAUGUCCUUUGUCGAUCUUCGAUAAAGAUUUCUAUGUUGAUUUAGUAUGUUUGCCGUUGGAUGGGAUGGAUGUAAUUCUUGGUAUGAACUGGUUAGAGUAUAAUUAUGUUCAUAUAAAUUGUCAUCAUAAGUCGGUGAGGUUUUCCACUCCUGAAGAGGAAGGAGUUGACUUAUUACCUUUCAGAGAAUUGCGAAAAUUGAUGAAAGAGGGAGCUCAGAUGUUUUCUUUGAUGGCGACGUUGUCGGUUGAGAGUAAAGCUAAGAUUGAGGAACUGUUAGUGGUGAAAGAAUUCCCUGAAGUUUUUCCUGAUGAAAUUCCUAGUGUGCCGCCAGAGAGGGAAGUUAAAUUUACUAUUGAUCUGGUACCUGGUACUAGGCCUGUUUCGAUGGCACCGUAUAGAAUGUCGGCAUCUGAAUUGUAUGAAUUAAAGAAGCAAUUGGAAGACUUA